UAAAUGACUAGUGGAUUCCCCUGCCUGCUUACAACAAACGCACCAAGCCGGAGACAAAUAAUGGUAGGGUCUUCUUCUUUGCAAGUUGUCAUGAACAUUAAUUUUAUUGUUGAAAACUAACCAGCCAAACACUUUAACUCUGGAAGGAGAGACACUUUUCCACAAAAACUUUCCCCACUCCCGAACAGAACCCAGCUGAGCAUAACUUAACCUCGUAAAGGCCGAUUUGCAAGAGAAUACUUCGUUAACGUCAGGUAUCCAAGCCCUCCUAUCUUCUAAAACUCCUGGUAGAGACACCCUCUCUAACAAAAGUAAUAACUAAGAGAGACUGGUGAUCUCCCUAUCGAACAAAUUCCUUCUAAAGCGCAAAUCCCAUCCCUGAGAUUGGAGGCCCGCAUCCCCUCUUAAGACCACCAAGUCCCUUAUCAAACAAUUUCUGGAACUUGUAAUCAAAAAUAAAUCUGGGAACUAGCAUAUUCAUAGUGAAAAGGAAAACUGAUUCUUAUUUAUUUAUUGUUUUUCUAUUUUACAAUUACUAUUAUUCCACUGAUGUUUUUUUAGUUUUUUUUAGAUUUCAAACCUCAGGACAGAAAAAAGACAUAAAGUUCAUCAUCAUUGGAGCAGUUUCAGCUUUUUGUCUUCUUUUCAUAGGUUCUGUCAUUUUUUGGUGCAAAUGCUAUAUUGGAACCAAGGAAUCUAGGGAAAAAAUAUAUUGUCAUCAAAUUUCUCAUUAGAAAUUUUGUAAGGUACUCGGGUAAAAGAAUUAAAGUUCAGAUUUCCUACCUAUGCUAGAAAAAGCAAUUGCAUGAUUCAUUAUCUGCGCAUUGCUACAUAUAUUUUUACCAAAAUAAAUAAAAAAUUUAUGCAUAGGAUCUACAUUUAUGGGGUUGACAUAAUAUUCCAGACCAUAAGUAAGUAUAUAUCAAUCUAUUCUAGAUUUGUAUUUUCUUCUUUGCUCUUAUCUUUCUUAAUUUUUCAAUGAAAGUCGAAUAACAUAUAAGAAAUUACUAUGUACAGUUCUAAGAGGAUUAGAUCUACAAACUGGUCAAGAAAGUAGAAAGUAGGAAGUAGAAAAAACAACCACGCAAGUCCAUGCUAUGACUCUGCUUCAAUGCAAUUCCGUGAGAAAGUAGUAUACAACAUAUGCCUAUCUUUUUUCUUGGUAUGCUAAGGCUAAGCUCAGCAAUGCUAAAAUUCCAAGUCCAAUUAAUAAUGUAUACCAUAUUAGUUAUCUAGAAUAAACAACGUGUCUGAUGAAGACUGAUUUUAAAGCUUUAUUUUUUCUUCUCAAAGUCGGUCCAAGAAAUCUGCUUCACAUACACACAAGAAAAUAUGGAUUAUCAUUCAAUGUUUCUCCAUCAAAUUAUUUAAAUACAUAUAUACACAUCUAAAAAUAUCUGGUUUUGAUUCAAAGUCGUAGGUAACAGUAAUUACAUUAGAGAGGAAACAUGAAAACAGUAAAGUGGGGUUCAGCUUUGAAUUUUCUCAAUCAUAUUUUCAUGGGGUUGGGGAAGAAUAUUUUCAUGGGGUUCCAGACUGUUAGCUAUUGGUUCACAUAACUAAUGUCUAGGCUGUUUAUUCUUUGUAGUUAGUUAUUUCUGUUACUACUGUUUCAUCAAAACAGUUAGGAUAGCUAGCUAUAUAUAAAGACCUCUCGGUCUCAGGCUAAGUGCAACAGAUUGUAUUUUUCUUUAGUUUUCACUUGAGCUGUAACUCUGUACUAAGAGAGAGCAUAGUGAGUUUCUGUAACUAAGAUUCAAUACAAGAUCAAUAAAGUGACUAUUCAAAACCAGUUUCUGGUUUGGUGCAUCUUCCUUUGUGUUCUGUUUUUCUUCUUCCUAAACUAUUGAGAUUUGUUUCUAGUUCUUGUAACUGUGUUCUGUUUCUACUUUGUACUACACAGACUUAACUAAUAUGAUAUGUGUAGCCCAAAAUAGCUAAUUUUCAAGAAGUUGGUGAGCAUCAAAAAUGGAUUCUGAAAGCAACUGUUGUUGGUUUAUGAAUACAUGGAAAACAAUAGCCUAGCACAUUCUUUAUUUGGUUCUGAAGAAGUUGAAGUGAAAUUAGACUGGAAUACAAGGCAAAGAAUAUGUAUAGGCAUUGCAAGAGGUCUGGCUUUCCUACAUGAGGAAUCAGCUCUGAAAAUUGUACAUAGAGACAUCAAAGCCACAAAUAUACUACUAGACAGGGACCUUACCCCAAAAAUAUCAGACUUUGGUCUGGCCAAACUAAAUGAAGAGGACAACACCCACAUUAGCACUAGAGUUGCUGGAACUAUAGGAUAUAUGGCCCCUGAAUAUGCAUUAUGGGGUUACUUAACUGAUAAAGCAGAUGUCUACAGUUUUGGAGUAUUGACAAUGGAAAUUGUGGCUGGAAAAAAUAACAUGAAAUACCGCCCGAAUGAAAACUUUGUGUGCCUUCUAGAUUGGUGCAGGCCCUAUUCUUGCAACAAAAGGGGGAUGUAAUGGAGCUGGUGGAUCCAAAGUUGGGAUCCAAAUCCAAAUAUCAUGGGGGUGUGCCUUACUGUGCCUUAAUUGAGAAUUAUAUACUCAUGCUAAUAGUAUCUUUAGUAGAUGAAUAAUUGACUUCUGAAAAGACCAAGAAAAUCAAA